AUGAACUUUCGAAUGCAGACCUUCAUUCUGAUAAUGUCACUACUAUGUGUAGCCUUUGUUGAAGCGCAGUACCUCGAUACUAGUAAUGCCGAGUUACAAAGGAGGGAUGGGGAGACGAGUGCUGCUAUGGAGAGGCUUUGCCGGAUGACUUCACAGCAAAGUGCAAUUAUCAACAAUACAUUAUACCUUAUGGGUGGUAGCGUAGUGUAUGGGUCAGAUAGCACCUGGAAGGAUCGCUCUUCUCAAAUCGCAGCGCCCAAUACAUAUUUGCGAGCAAUCGACCUAACCCAAGAUUUCAACCUAUCCGAUGGCUUCCUACAUACUCACCGCUACGACAUCCCCUCGGACGUUCCUGAUAUCGCCGAAGGCCACCUGUGGGCAGACGAAGACCGACUAGUCCUGGUGGGAGGACUCUCAGAGCGAGUCAACAAAACUUUCCCUAAUUAUACGGCUCCUACAGCUAGCUACGAGGUUUGGAGCUAUGAUCUUGGAAGUAAAGAUGACAGGAUAUGGAAGACCCUUUCUAUGAGAGGUGGUAAUAAGAUCAUGCGAGCUUUCAAUGCGGCGGGGACUUAUGUUGCGAAUUUACGAAAAGGAUUUCUGCUUGGUGGGAUGGUGGCACAUGAUUCUCAAUCUACUGUUCCUCUGUCGAUGGGAGAUGUUGAUGUUGGGGGAUUGUUGAUCUGGGAUGGGGCGAAGGAGAGCUGGGAGAAUAAAUCAACACCGUGGAAAAGACGCCACUCGGCGGGGGGGUUUUAUCUGCCAUAUGGAGAGCAGGGGAUUUUGGCUUUCUUUGGUGGGCUCACGGAGGAGGGAAACAAGCUAGCAUACGACAAUCUCACGUUUCCAAUGAAUAAAAUCGACAUUUACGACAUUGCAAAGGAUGAGUGGUAUCAUCAAAACACAACUGGCAAUAUACCUUCACACCGUGCGAAUUUCUGUGGCCAAGUCGCUUCUGCUCCCGAUAACUCAAGUCAUCAAAUAUACAUUUUCGGUGGAACGGGAGCGAAUUCAUUACUUUCAAGUGAUGUUUAUUAA